AAGUUCACGUUACAAUAUUUUCAGACCAGACUCAUACAGUUUGUGCACAGGGUGACAAGUGAUGGCCAGAUAUGGGUUGCUAACUAGUUUGGUUCCUGUGAGCCAAUCAUUGUGAACACCUGCACAGGCUCAGGUGUCUUCCACAAAUACACCAGCGUACCAAUCAUCAUACCUAAUGGCCCGGGACCAGAUGCCGGCUUCACUACCUAUCGAAAGCAAAAGAAAGUGCUAAUUCAAGGAAGGAGGCAGCUCGUAUCUUUACUCAAGGGCCGUAAGCACAAGACAUGCAAAGCAUACAUGCAGCCCUUCAUUUGUGCUGCUUUCUUACCUGCAUGCAACAGGAAUGGAGAUGCCAUUCCACCUUGCCGAGAUCUGUGUCUUGCGACCAAGGCAAAUUGUCAGGUCAGCAUGGAGGAUUUAGGGUUGGAGUGGCCAAGCGAGUUGGACUGUGAUGUGUUUCCUACCAUCGAUGAAAAUCCGCGCUGCAUAUCUGGACACACUGAAGACAACUUGCCAGCCCGAGUGAACCCACGUGUGGUGAUUCGUACCUCUGAUUCAAUCACCGUUGAAUGGAAAAAACUCAAACCGAACUUGAUCCAAGGGUACAUGUUAGGAUAUGGUAAUGGCGAACCGGACAUAAUGAUUGAACGUUUGCCUGCCACACAGUCCGAGUUCACCAUCACUGGUUUAACUCCUGACACCUCUUAUCAGAUAAUGUUGCGAGCGUACAAUCUUGUGGGUGAAGGAGAGGUUACUGUUGUGAAUGCAGUGACCAAGCCAUCAAGUGAUGACGGUUCCGAUGAAUCGGAGGAGAUGUGCUCACAACCCAUGCCAACAUGUCCUGAUGAUGCAAUUGCCUGUGACGAUGACUCUAAAUGUGUCUCCAUGUCUGCUGUGUGUGACAGAAUCCCAGAUUGCGACGACGGACGUGAUGAAAUGCACUGCGAAGGAGAGACCGCCAUCCGCCUCAGCAAUGGAACGUCACCAAGCGAGGGCCUCCUUGAAGUGUUCUAUAAUAAUGAAUGGGGCACUGUCUGUGACGAAGGAUGGGACUUCGAGGAUUCCGAGGUCGUCUGUCGACAGCUGGGAUAUAACAGAACCAAAUUUGCGAUCUCCGUCGAGCUUUCACACUACGUCGGCUUCGACAGUUUCAGAUCGGUCAUGUUUACUAACGUUGACUGCGAAGGCACAGAGGAAUCUCUGUUUGACUGCCCCAAGUCGGACUGGUACGUUGAUGAUUUCUCGUCUGCGUGCACCAGCCAUUUGAACGAUGUCAUCGUGGCAUGCCAGAAGGAAGAGUGGCCAACAGAAGAGGGAGCUGUUCGUCUUGUUAGCAGUUUAUAUGAUGUCCCACAUUCUGGUCUCGUUCAGUACUACAAGGACGGCCAGUGGGGCUACCUCUGCACCCCGCUGGUAUGGGACGAAGGCAAUGCUGAUGUCGUCUGUAGACAACUGGGCUUUGGUCCAGCGCUGUUCAAAGCUGCACUUGGACAGAUGUUUGGCACUGGGGAUGGCGUUGGGUACGCCUCAGUGUCAAGUUGUACAGGUGAAGAAGCGACCCUGGCUGAGUGUCCUCUUAUUCCAUGGGCUAUUGGUGACGAAUGUAAACACCAUAUGGACAUUGGGGUCAUCUGUGACACGGGAUCAAGAAAGACUGCUAUCCGCCUCAGCAAAGAACAGUCACCAAACGAGGGCGUCCUUGAAGUGUUCUAUAAUAAUGAGUGGGGCACUGUAUGUGACGAGGGAUGGGACGUCAAGGAUUCCGAGGUCGUCUGUCGACAGCUGGGAUAUAAGGGAGUCAAGUACUGGAGAUCCUCACCACAGCUUUGGUACAACUUGCACUUCGACCGGUUCAUAUCGGUCAUGUUUAAAAACGUUGACUGCGAAGGCACAGAGGAAUCUCUGUUUGACUGCCCCAAGUCGGACUGGUACGACUUUGAUGAUUUCUCGUGCACAGGCCAUUCUGGCGAUGUCGUCUUGGGAUGCACUAAGGAAGAUAUUGAUUUGCAGCUGAGAGAUCUAAAUGUCGUAGAAACCGGCAGUGGCAUUGAUGUCCACAUGACUUGCUCGAGGGAGGAUCUUUUGAUGUAUGUGGAUGCAGCGGAGGCACCAGUGUGGACAUUGCCAUCAGGCACCAAGCUUUCCGUCAGAUACAGAGCAGGCAAUGUUGAAUGUUCUCAAAUUGGUUUUGGAGUAGUUGGCAGCAUCAUGCUGACAAUCACCGGUUUCACCGAUGAACGGAACGCUGGUGUAUAUCUCUGCACAGCGGCUGGUUAUCAGAAGAACGUCACACUGACUGAGGCUACUCUGGCUGUGUCUGUGGAAUUCCCCUGUGCUGAAGAUGAAUUUAACUGCGGGGAACGAUGUGUACCACAACGGUUCCUUUGUGACCAAGACCAGGAUUGUGUUGACGGUCGUGAUGAAUUGGAGGAGGUGUGCUCACAACCCAUGCCAACGUGUCCUGAUGAUGAGAUUGCCUGUGACGGUGACUCUAAAUGUGUCUCCAUGUCUGCUGUGUGUGACAGAAUCCCAGAUUGCGAUGAUGGAACUGAUGAAAUGAACUGCGAAGCUGCUGUUACUCCAGGACCAUUUCCACCAUCGUCAUGUCCUGAUGGCCUCAUCCCCUGCCCAACAAGUGACCAGUGUAUCCCACCAUCUGCCAUGUGUGAUGGCAAUCCGGAUUGUAAUGACGGCAUAGAUGAGAUGGCUUGUGAUGAGGGUGGUGCCGUUCUUUCAGGUGUUAACAACUGUCCUGAUGGCAAGUUUCCAUGUCCUGGUGAAGAUAAGUGUAUCUCCAUAUCUGACGCCUGUAAUGGAGUCAAUGACUGUGCAACUGGUGUGGAUGAAAUGAACUGUAACGCAACCUCUUGUGUGCCCAUCAGCAUUCCAGAAUGUGCAGUCGGCUUGGAUUACACAGAAACCAUGUCCACCCACAACACCGGUCUCUCUCCCGAAGACGUGGCCAAUGUGUUUAGUUCUCUAUCGACCAUCUUUGAGAGCGGAUGUGCUACCUUCUUCAGACCCUUUAUGUGUUCUACCUUUGCCCCUCCGUGUGGUCAUGUCCCACUCCCACCGUGCCGUGAAUUAUGUGAGGUUUCUGUCAGGAGGUGUCUGGAAACCUUCGAGGGAACGAUGACGGAGGAGCAGUUGAUGCCACAGGGAGGUUUUGGCGGUGCUGGUUGUGAUGUGUUUCCUAGUCAAGACGAUGGACAGUGCUACAAUGUGAAAGAGGUCUCCGUUGGUGAAGUGGCGGGCUUGGGCUCAGAGGAAGGCGUCGGCGUUUCCGUUGACUGUACUUACAACCUGUUGCCCGGUAUCCAGCCAAAAUGGACCACACCCGACGGAUCCAAAGUCAAAACUGGAGACACGAGAACGAUCCGAGCUGUCUACGUAUCGGACACAGUGACUCGUUUGCAGAUUGACAACCUCCAAUCCAGACGCAAAGGUGUGUACACCUGCUCCGGCCGGGAAUACUCGGUGACUGUUGAGCUGUAAGAUGGCAAGCACGAACCCCUGCGUCACAUUACUUAAUUGAUUGGAUUUGGCAGACCACGUCACCUGUUUACAAAUUUGGAUGUUGUGGUAACGUGAUGUCAACUUUCCGCAUACUGUAACCAUUUUGCACGGCGUUUAUAUCUCUUGAAAUAUGGGUUGUUUAAGAAACAACAACAUUCACUGUUAAAACCCUCCUGUUGUUCAAACAGUCACAGUCAGUCAAACAAAUCAAUCCUCUUCCCCUGCUAUGCCUUGAACACAGGGUAGUCAAUAUCACUCAGAUCAUAUUUCAAGCAAGCACUCUGACUAUUCAAACUCAGUCAACAGACAGAAGCAGGCAGGAAGCAAACACAGCUGGUUUAUCAAUCACCCACAGUCAAAGCUGGCUUUAAAACAGUCACUUGAUUGAUUUUGACUGAAAGGACAACUUGGCGCAGAAUGUAUGUUUGCAUAGGAGGGUUAAUGUGGGCAAAAUAACUUGAGAAAGACGCUCACACGUAGGCGUUUGUUUUUCAGUUGAUUGGCCGUUGGCGUGAAUUUACAGGUGACAUGGUUUAUUCAAUAUUAGCAGUAUCUAUUUGAAUAUAUGUACCAUCAAUGAGUUGAUAUGACGUCAACAGGUAUUGAAGAAGGAAUUUUAUAGUUCACAUCACUUUUGCAGUGUAAUCGUUAUGUCUGCAUAGAUACUACUUGCCUAUGUUACAUAUUGUAUACGCAACUUUAAUUUUUAUAAGAUUAUACUUUACGAUGUGUUAAUUAACCACCAAGGGAUGAGUAAAUUGGGCAGAUGAGGGACUGCAGGUUUUCAGAAAUUAAAAUUGAACAAAUAGUUCUGAAAUAAUUACGUAUGAUUA